AUGAUUGGCAGUCGCAGCCUGUCGAGGGCUGCUGCCAGAGGCAGUGCCAGAAAUAUUUCUUUUAUAAAACCUGUCUCGUCUGCUCGAUCCUUGUCGUCCAUUGCCUCUCGCCCUAUUUUAUCUACCAGCCAAAAUUGUCGGUUACGAUUGAAAUCUAGCUCCUACUUACCGCCGGUAUCAGUCUCGAGUCUCUCGUUUGCUCGAUUCAAUUCCACGUCCACCGAAAGUGCUCAAGCUACCGGAGAUGUCACACCAUUGGGAGAAUCCCAGCUUCCCAGCAUCGACGACAUCCCCGAGAAAAUCGGAUACUUGAAAGACCUCGGACUCGACUAUGGCUGGGGACCUUCAGCCUUUAUGGAAUGGUUGAUCGAGCAUAUUCACAUCUGGGGAGGAAUGCCAUGGUAUGCUAGUAUUGCCGUCGCUGCGAUAGUCACGCGUUUAGCUCUUUUCCAUCCUGCGCUCAAGGCAGCAGAUAACGCGGCCAAGACCUCUCCCAUCAAAGAUGAAAUGAUGGAACUCAGGAAGAAACGAAUGCAACUACUUUCUCAGGGGAGACAAUUAGACGCCGCCAAAGCCAAAGUGGAACUGGACGAUCUCUACGCAAAGCAUGAUAUCAAGAUGUGGAGAAAUUUUGUACCUCUGCUUCAAAUUCCUCUUGGUUUUGGUAUUUUUCGUGUUGUGCGUGGAAUGACUACAUUGCCCAUUCCGGGCCUUGUGGUGGAAGAAUUUGCUUGGAUCCAUGAUCUCACGAGUUACGAUCCUUACUACGUGCUCCCUAUCUUAACAUCGGGUUUUAUGUAUCUGGCUAUGAGGAAAGGCAUGGACUCCGGUGUGAACGAAAUGGGAAAAACUGCUCUUGGUAGAUCGAUCACAAUCGGACUGCCAGCGAUGUCUCUCUUGUUUAUCGCAUGGCAACCAGCUGCCUUGCAAUUAUAUUUUGCCGUCUCCAGUCUGUUCUCACUUGGUCAGGGUUACCUGUUCAAUACCCCCGUUACACGCAAAGCGCUCGGAAUUGCCCCAGCCUACAAACCCCCCGUCAAUGGAGAAGGCAAAGACAGCCUCCGCAUGAUCCAGCAAGAGUUUCUGUCCCAAAUGCGAAAAAUGAAUGAAAGCGGCGAGGUAUCAGGAUCUUCCACGAAACCCAACAACAUUAGCAUGUUGGAUAAAAUGGUUAACAACGCCAAGAAGGAAUACUCAACCAUGAAAAAAGAAAUGGGAGAUAAAGUCAGGACCUUCACAGAUGCGAAUUCGAGUGCGAAGAAUCAUGACGGAACCCCGGCUGCAGCACCUCGGUUGUCUGCGGCGGAGAAGCAAAGUGCCUUGUCUUAUAAGGCGCAGAGAGAGAUCGAGGAUGCGCACGAAUUGGCGGAACGCAAUCGGAAACGUACGCAGGAAUACGAAGCGUACAUUGCGCAGCAGCAGGCUAAUGCCAAUCAGGCAUGGAAGCAGAAGGGAAGAGAGGCAUUGAAACAGUCAGCCAAGAAGUCAAGAUCAAGGAAGUGA